CGAAAUCAUUUUACCAUGGCCUCAGUAUCACGAAAUCCUGGUUAUAAGAGAAUUUCUCGUCACUUUUUGAAAACUUGUGGAUUUAAGCUUCUCUCCGUGGAUGAGACAGCGGUGGAGGCUGUAGUUAGACAUCCUGGUCCAACGAUGUCAGACUACGACGUCUACGGGCAGCCAAAAUUAUGGAACAUGAUGAACCUCGUGGUAUCAGGCCGCAUGUUUGUUCAUCAUCAGCCACUUGACGAAACGGGAAGAACAUUCCGAGACUUUGAAAAAUUGACGAGUGAUCGAUUAACUUUCCUGGUGACAUCAGAAGUCUGCUUCACGAAGGCUCUUUAUGAUCCUGACGUACCCAAAAGUUCACUGUUGACAACAGUUAAGGGAGGUUACAUUGGGAACACGUCUUUUAAUUCCCACUCACUUAUGAAAACCGAAAGCAACGAACUUCUGAUAAGUAACGUCAAUCAAGUUGUCAGCAUAGACAUGGAGACUAGACGACCGAAGCCUCUUCCAGAUUGGUGGAAGGUUAAAUAUGCAGAGUCAGCAAAAAAGUUUGAGUCCUACAAACUAGAGAGGUUCCCAAAGGGAGAGAACACAAGUGUUUACCAAGUGAAAGUGGCCUGGAGUGAUACAGACAUGAAUAAUCAUGCUACAUGGAGUGCGUAUGUGAGGUAUGCUAAGGAUGCUGCUCACCAUGCUGUCAGAACUGGUUCUCUGCCAGACUUUGAGGAAAAUCUAGGGAAGGGAAUCAGCAAAAUUCAGUCACACUACUUAGGAGAGUGCUUGGAAGGAGAUGAACUUACAGUGUACAUUUGGGAAGAUUCAGAAGAAUGCUAUCAGUUGAAAUGUCAUAUUGAUAAAAAUGAGGAAUGUAUAUUUCAAACAGUUAUUUCCUUUUUUUAGCGAAACUGAAAAAGUUAUGGGGAUUAGACUAUUUAAAUAAUCUCAUUAAAACCACACUUAAUUAAUGUAAAAGAAAACAUAAUAAUCUUAUUAAAACCACACAUAAUGUAAAAGAAAACAUUUCAUUUCAAAUCUUUUUUUGAGAUUGUUAUGCUUAUGAUAUACACAUGAUUGUGCAAUAUAUGUAUUUUGUUAUAACAAAUUGAACAUAAAGAUUUCCAUAUUAGAGAAAUAAAUAUCAACUUCCCUAAGUGCUCAAAUGUAUCAAAUGUUGCAAAGUGUAAGACUUAAACAAUGUCCACUUUGAUAAUCUUCUUUAAACAUGUAAUAAAAUGUACAU